AUGUCUUAUAAGGAUAGUUCAAGCUUUCAAGGCUAUCAUGAAUUUGAUUCUGAAGCUCAAGACGCUUCUGCUAUCUCAAGAAAAAAGUCAUUAGUUAGACCAGAAAGAUCUAGAAUGAAUAGAAAUAAUCCAAGAUUUCAUUAUACUCAAGUUGCAAAUCAAGAAUCUCAUCAUAUUAAAGUAUUACCUUCAUCUACUGGAUUAGACCCCACCAUAACAAAUGAUUUAAGUAGAUCAAGAUCUCAAUUAAGUCGUCAUAAAGUUGUUGAAGAAGAUGAAGGUAUCCCAUUAAUGGAUAUUGAUAAUCCUCCUGAAUUAGCUGGUGCACCUGGUGUUGGUGGUAUGCCACCACCUCCGCCUCCAGAGGAUCCCAAAACGGGACGUGAAAUUUAUGGAUUAAAUGAUGAAGUUAAGCGUAAAAAUAACGUCAUUUCUUCAAAACCAAUGUUAGCCAAUGAUGACGACGAUUUGAAACCAAAACAUGAUAUUUACUUUUGGAAAGUGUAUUGUUAUAUUAUUACCUUUUGGGCUCCACCUCCAUUAUUAAGAUUAUUCGGAUUAAAGACUAAAGAUCGUCAAUUUGCUUGGAGAGAAAAAAUCGGUUUAAUUUCUUGUAUUCUUUAUAUUGGUACACUUGUUGCUUAUUUAACUUUUGGGUUCACCAGAACAGUCUGUUCUUCAACUAAAAUCAGAACAAGAAUCAAUGAUGUCAAUUCAGGGUCCUUGAUUAUUAACGGAAGAACAUUCGAUUUAACACAAUCGCAACAUCCUCCAGCUGCAGGUGUUCCUCUGGGUUCUAACGUUUUAUAUCCUCCUGUCGAUGCCGGUGGAAUGGAUGCCUCAUUCCUUUUUCAAAAUGUUAAUGGUAACUGUAAGGAUUUGAUUAUGCCAAGAGAUAACUGUACCAUUCCAAAGAAUGACGAUAAUGAAUUAGCAUGGUAUAUGCCAUGUAGACUUGUCAACCAAGAUGGAAGUUCACAACCAAAUUUUACUACAUUGUAUUAUGAAGGUUGGGCCUGUCACACAACUCAAGCAGCUCGUGAAGCAUAUUAUAAAUUAAAAGUCGAUGGUGAUGUUUAUUUUACUUGGGACGAUAUCAGAAAUAGCUCAAGAAAUUUGGUUGUUUAUUCUGGAAAUGUCAUUGAUUUAGAUUUACUUAAUUGGAUUCAAACUGAUGAUCUUACAUACCCUGACUUAUUUGACAAAUUGAGAGAAGAUACCACUUAUAGAGGAUUGGAUGUUUCUUUGGUUUUGACUAAUGCAGAUGAACGUAGAGCUGCCAGAUGUUUGUCUGAAAUUGUUAAAGUUGGUGUCAUUGAUUCCGAUACUAUUGGUUGUAUUGCAUCUAAAAUUGUGUUGUACGUUUCUUUGGUUUUCAUCUUGUCUGUUGUUGUCUGUAAGUUUAUCAUGGCUUGUUAUUUCAGAUGGGUCACUUCUAAAAAGCAAGGUGCUACCGAAUAUGACAAGAAAUCAAUGGCUAGUAGAAAUAAACAAAUUGAAAAUUGGGUAGAUAAUAGUGAUCCUACUGCGGGUCCAAUUAAAAUUGUUCCACCAAAAGCUAGAGCUAAUUGUAAAUCUUCCAAAACUAACAGACAAAAUGUGUUCAAUCGUGCCCAAAAAUUAUCAUUAGCUCCAAAUUCUGAUUUAUCCCAAUACUAUGAUAAUCCAGAAGCUCUUUCAAAGACAUUCAAAUACACUACCAUGUCUACUCAAGCUGCAUUAUUAGGUCGUAGUGGAUAUUCCAAGAAAGCAGGUGUUGGGGCAGUCCCACCACGUACUAGACAACCAUCCGCUCUUUAUUUGACUGACCAAGGCUCUUCCACUGAUUUGUUAAAUCGUCCAUUGACUACUUAUAAUCCAUUUGAAGGUUUUGAUGAAUCAUUAGUCGUUAAUGGAUUAUCCCCAGAUAUUAUCCAUCCUGAUGUUGUUCCUCAACCACCUGUUGAAUACCAACCAUUCUGUUACCCAUUGGCCCAUACUAUCAAUUUAGUCACUUGUUAUUCUGAAGAUGAAGCAGGUAUUAGAACUACCUUAGAUUCUGUUGCCACUACUGAUUAUCCAAAUUCUCACAAGUUGAUCCUUGUCAUUUGUGAUGGUAUCAUUAAAGGUUCAGGAAAUGAUGAAACUACUCCAGAUAUUGUCUUAGAUAUGAUGUCUGAUUUUACUAUCCCAAGAGAAGAAGUUAAACCAUAUUCAUAUGUCGCAGUUGCCCAAGGUUCCAAACGUCAUAACAUGGCUAAAGUCUAUGCUGGUUUCUAUAAAUACGAUGAUGCUACUGUCCCACAAGAAAAGCAACAACGUGUUCCAAUGAUUACCAUUGUCAAAUGUGGUACUCCUGAAGAAGCCGGUGCUCCAAAACCAGGUAAUAGAGGUAAGCGUGAUUCUCAAAUCAUUUUAAUGUCCUUUUUACAAAAGGUUGUCUUUGAUGAAAGAAUGACAAGUUUAGAAUAUGAAAUGUUGCAAUCUAUUUGGAGAGUUACUGGUCUAAUGGCUGAAUUUUAUGAAAUUGUAUUGAUGGUGGAUGCCGAUACUAAGGUUUUCCCAGAUUCUUUGACUCAUAUGGUUGCUGAAAUGGUUAAGGAUCCUAUGAUUAUGGGUUUAUGUGGUGAAACUAAAAUCUCCAAUAAGGCUCAAACUUGGGUUACUGCCAUUCAAGUGUUUGAAUACUAUAUUUCUCAUCAUCAAGCCAAGGCUUUCGAAUCCAUUUUUGGUGGUGUAACUUGUUUACCAGGUUGUUUCUGUAUGUAUAGAAUCAAAGCUCCAAAGGGAUCUGAUGGUUAUUGGGUUCCAAUUUUGGCUAAUCCAGAUAUUGUGGAACGUUAUUCUGAUAAUGUUGUUGAUACUUUACAUAAAAAGAAUUUAUUAUUAUUGGGUGAAGAUAGAUAUUUAUCAUCAUUGAUGUUGAGAACUUUCCCAAAGAGAAAACAAAUCUUUGUUCCAAAAGCUGCUUGUAAGACAGUUGUUCCUGAUAAAUUCUCUGUUUUAUUGUCACAACGUCGUAGAUGGAUUAAUUCUACUGUUCAUAAUUUGAUGGAAUUGGUUUUGGUUAAUGAUUUGUGUGGUACUUUCUGUUUCUCAAUGCAGUUUGUUAUUUUCAUUGAAUUGGUUGGUACAUUGGUUUUACCAGCUGCCAUCUCGUUUACUAUUUAUGUUAUUAUUGUUGCCAUUAUUUCCAAACCUACCCCAAUUAUGUCCUUGGUCUUAUUAGCUGUUAUUUUCGGUUUACCUGGUUGUCUUAUUGUCAUUACGGUCUCCAGUUUGAGUUAUAUCAUUUAUUUCUUCAUUUAUUUGAUUGCAUUACCAAUUUGGAAUUUCGUGUUACCAAGUUAUGCUUAUUGGAAAUUUGAUGAUUUCAGUUGGGGUGAAACCAGAACUGUUGUAGGUGAAGCUAAGGGAGAAUCACAUGGUGGAAUUGAAGGCAAAUUCGACCCAUCAAGAAUUCGUAUGAAGAGAUGGAGAGAAUGGGAAAGAGAUCGUAGAAAUGACGAACUGAAAUUAUUGAGUAAUGUUGGAGGACAAGGUGGUAAUUUAAGUAUACCUAGUGCUGCAUGGAACCCUGCUAAUAAUGAACGUUUGAUAGAUCAAUAUUCACAAGGGUCAUCUUCGGGUUCAAAUUAA